GAACAUCGCCGGAUACGCAGAAAGGUUUCACCGGGCAAGCAGCGAGCUACUCGGAGCUUGAGCCGCGGCCAUCGCUGCCGCUGUGCGCCGCAGCUGCGGAGCAUCUGAGAAACGACCCAAGUGGCAGCCAAGGAGUGACCGGAGAAGAGAGAAUGACAUCAUUGCCAGCGGGCGGGGGCCUUCCCCCGGCGCGGGGCCUGUACGACCCCCAGCAGGAGCGCGAGUCGUGCGGCGUCGGCUUCGUCGUCAGCAUCGAGGGUGUACCCUCGCACAAGCUCAUCCUAGAUGCGGAGACCAUGUCUCGGCGCAUGGAACACCGCGGGGCCUGUGCCUGCGACAACAACACCGGUGACGGAGCCGGCGUCAUGAUGGCCGUACCCGACAAAUUCUACCGCAAGAGGCUCAGGGAGGAGCUAAACAUAGUGCUGCCCCCUGCUGGACAUUAUGCCACGGGUGUCUGCUUCCUGGAACAGAUGACAGCUCCUGAAGCAGAGAGGAGGUUCGAGGAAGAGGCUCUGGCCAACAACCUGAAGGUUCUCUGCUGGAGGACCCUUCCCACAGAUGAUGCAACCCUGGGCUCAGUGGCUCGUUCCACAGAGCCAUACAUGCGCCAGGUGUUUGUGGUACCCACCGGUGGACAGGCAGGCAGUGAUUUCAAGCGAGACGUGUUUGUCCUCCGGAAGACCACUUCUCACAAGAUUCCCAGUGAUAAGCUGCGCUACUAUAUUUGCAGUCUGUCACCGGACACUAUUGUAUAUAAGGGCCAGCUGACGACCACCCAGCUGUGGCGGUACUUCUUGGAUCUCCAGGAUCCCGAGUGCGAGACGUACUUGGCCCUCGUCCAUGCCCGCUUCUCGACAAACACAUUCCCUAGCUGGGAGAGAGCCCAUCCACUGCGGCUCUUGGCUCAUAACGGAGAGAUCAACACACUCCGAGGAAAUGUGAACCUGAUGCGUGCUCGUGAGGGUGUCAUGCAGACGUCCAUCUUUGGGGAGCGGCUUCGUGAGCUCUACCCCGUGGUCGAGCCCAACCUGUCAGACUCCGGCAGUGUGGACACUGUGCUCGAGUUCCUUGUCAUGGCCGGUCAACGCUCUCUUCCAGAGGCAGUGAUGACCAUGGUGCCCGAGGCGUGGCAGAACAAUGAACAGAUGAGCAUUGAGAAGCGGCAGUUUUACCAGUGGAGUGGCUGUGCCAUGGAACCCUGGGAUGGCCCAGCACUGCUGACCUUUUCUGAUGGCCGUUAUAUUGGGGCCAUCCUUGACCGAAACGGACUGCGACCAUCUCGCUACUACAUCACCAAGGACAACUACAUGGUGAUGGCGAGUGAAGUCGGUGUGCUGGACAUCCCUUCAGAGAUGAUUGUACAGAAGGGUCGCCUGCGGCCCGGGCGCAUGCUGCUCGUCGACACCUUCGAGAAGAAUGUCACCAAGGACGAGGAGCUGAAGUUGCAGAUUGCCCGCCAGAGGCCACUGGGCGAGUGGCUGAAAGAGAUGUUCACUCUGGCGGACUUGCACGAAGCGGCGGGUCCUGUUCGUGUGCCAGGGCUGCGUCGCCAGGACACCAGCACCUUUGCCAAGAGCAGCAAGGUGUUCCAAGACUUGCGACUGCCCCUGUUUGGCUACUCGCCCGAGACCAUCAAUCUCCUGCUGCUUCCCAUGGUUCAAACAGAGAAGGAGGCCCUAGGCUCUAUGGGUAACGAUGCUGCACUGGCGUGCUUAUCACUCUGCCAGCCACUCAUCUAUGACUACUUCAAGCAACUUUUCGCUCAGGUCACCAAUCCACCCAUUGAUCCAUUCCGUGAGAGGAUCGUCAUGUCUCUGGCGUGCCCGAUCGGACCUGAGGCAAAUAUCCUGGAACCCAGCCCGGCCCAGUGUCGGCGCUUGUGGCUGGAGCAACCUAUCCUCUCGCUGCGUGAUAUGGAGGUCAUCAAGGAAACUACCUACAAGGGCUGGCGGACAAAGGAGAUCGACAUUGUGUUCUCUGCAAGCGAAGGAGGCCCAGGCCUCCUGAAUGCCAUCCGUCGCAUCUGUGACGAGGCUUGCACUGCCGCAAAGUAUGGCUACACACUGAUCGUGCUGUCGGACCGGAAAGCUGGCAAGGACUUCAUACCUGUCAGUGCGGCCAUGGCAUUGGGUGCUGUCCAUCACCACCUGAUCACCAUGCGGCAGCGCAUGAAAUGUGGCCUCAUUGUGGAGACUGGCGAGGCCAGGGAAGUUCACCACAUGUGCGUCCUGCUGGGAUACGGUGCAGAUGCCAUAUGCCCGUAUCUGGUGUUUGAGAUGUGCGCCACGCUGCGUUCAGAUGGUCUUCUGAACCCACCCCUCUCGGAUGAACAAAUCUUCAAGAACUAUGUGGCUGCCAUGGAGCGUGGAAUCGCCAAGGUGAUGGCCAAGAUGGGCAUCUCAACAUUGCACAGCUACAAAGGGGCUCAGAUUUUUGAGGCCGUGGGUCUGGCCCAGGAAGUGAUUGACGUCUGCUUCCGCAACACUGCCUCCCGCAUAGGCGGCGCCACAUUUGAGGUGCUGGCCAGAGAGUUGGUCCAGCGUCACGAUCUGGCCUACACGGGCCGCGAGUUUGACAACCUGGUGCUUCGUAAUUCCGGCUUCUACCAUUGGCGCAAUGGUGGUGAGAGCCACGUGAAUGACCCAGUCAGCAUAUCCUCAUUGCAGGAAGCUGCCAUGUCCAACAACAAGGACGCAUGGGACCGCUACAUUGAGAAUGCAAUGAAGAGCAUUCGGCAGUGCACUCUCCGUGGGCAGUUUGAGUUCAACUACGCCAGUACGCCGCUGGACAUCUCACAAGUAGAGCCUGCGAAAGAAAUUGUCAAGCGCUUUGUGACGGGCGCUAUGAGCUUUGGCAGCAUCUCCAUCGAGGCGCACACCACGCUGGCCAUUGCCAUGAACCGUGUGGGCGGCAAGUCCAACACUGGUGAGGGUGGCGAGAAUGCCGAUCGCUGGGCUCUUCAGCACCCAGACAACAACAAGCGCUCUGCCAUCAAGCAGGUUGCUUCAGGGAGAUUUGGCGUGACAUCGGCCUAUCUGGCCAACAGCGAUGAGCUGCAAAUCAAAAUGGCUCAAGGAGCCAAGCCAGGAGAAGGCGGUGAACUGCCUGGAUACAAGGUGAGCGUGGACAUUGCCAAGACUCGUCACUCUAUUCCUGGUGUGGGACUGAUAAGUCCUCCACCUCACCACGACAUCUACUCCAUUGAGGAUCUGGCUGAGCUGAUCUAUGACCUCAAGUGUUCAAACCCCAGCGCUCGCAUCUCUGUCAAACUGGUGUCCGAAGUUGGUGUCGGAGUGGUCGCUUCUGGUGUGGCCAAGGGCAAGGCCGAGCAUAUCACGAUCUCGGGCCACGACGGAGGCACGGGAGCGAGCAGCUGGACGGGCAUCAAGGGCGCCGGCCUGCCUUGGGAGCUGGGCAUUGCCGAGACGCACCAGACGUUGGUCCAGAAUGACCUCCGCUCACGCAUUGUCCUGCAGGCCGAUGGGCAGAUACGCACAGGAUUUGACGUGAUUGUGGCUGCAAUCUUGGGUGCCGAUGAGUUUGGCUUCUCGACCGCACCGCUCAUUGUCAUGGGCUGCACCAUGAUGCGCAAGUGCCACCUCAACACCUGCCCCGUCGGCAUAGCAACACAGGACCCCGAGCUCAGAAAGAAGUUUGAAGGGAAGCCAGAGCAUGUGGUCAACUUCCUGUUCCUCUUGGCUGAAGAAGUGCGGAGCUACCUGGCCAAGCUUGGCUUGCACAGCCUGCAGGAGGCUGUCGGUCGCACCGACCUCCUGCGAGCUGCUCCUUUCGAGGGCAACCCCAAGGCCAAGCUCUUGAACCUCGAUGCAAUCUUUCUAAAUGCGUUGAGCCUCCGACCUGGAACCAACAUUCGUGGAGGCAGCAUUGCUCAGGACUUCGAGCUUGGCAAGCGCAUGGACAACCUGCUCAUCAAGCAGUCCAAGGCAGUGCUCGAGGGCCGAUCCAAGGAGGUCACCCUGCACAUGGACAUCACCAACGAAGACCGAGCGUUUGCCACCACACUGAGCUACCACAUUGCCAAAAGAUACGACGAGCAGGGCCUUCCCGAGGGAUCUCGGAUCAACGUGUUUCUCAAGGGAUCAGGCAGGACAGAGCUUUUGUGCCUUCUGUCGCGGGGGGUCUACGUGACCCUGGAAGGCGAUGCCAACGACUAUGUUGGCAAGGGUUUGUCUGGUGGGGAGCUGGUGAUAUUCCCACCCAAGGAGCUGCCACCUGAAUUCAAGUCAGAGGAGAACGUGAUUGUCGGCAACGUGUGCCUCUACGGUGCCACGGCAGGCCGGGCAUUUUUCCGCGGCAUUGCGGCAGAACGCUUCUGCGUGCGCAACUCAGGAGCCACUGCAGUCAUUGAGGGUGUUGGUGACCACGGCUGUGAGUACAUGACUGGCGGUAUGGCCAUCAUCUUGGGACCAACAGGCAGGAACUUUGCUGCUGGCAUGUCUGGUGGAAUUGCCUACGUCCUUGAUGUUGACGGCAUGUUUCGAAACAAGUGCAAUGCCAUGAUGGUGGACCUGCUGCCUCUGGAGCUGGCUGAGGACCUCGACCAAGUGGAGUCUCUGAUCCGCGAGUUCUACGACUUGACGGGCUCUGCGGUGGCGGCCUCUCUUCUCUCCAAGUGGCCCGACUCUGCCAAACUUUUUAUCAAAGUGUUCCCCAAGGAGUACCAGCGGGCACUGAAGCAGAUGGCCGAAGAGAAGGCUGCGCUCUCCACGCAGAACGACCGAGUUGCUCCGGCUGCACCUGCUCCGGCUGCACCUGCUCCGGCUGCACCUGCUCCAGCCGAGAGAGUGUGCGACAUUGAGGAAGUGGUGGCCGACGGCGAUGCCAAAAAGAAGCAGCUGGAGAACCUCGACAAGAUCCGGGGCUUCAUGAAGUACAAGCGUGAAACAGAGCCAUACCGGCCAGCAAUGCAGCGCAUGCAGGACUGGAAGGAGAUCUACAAUCGACAGGGAGUCCGCAAGAACAUUAGAGUCCAGGCUGCGAGGUGCAUGGAAUGUGGCGUUCCAUUCUGCCAAUCGUCUCACGGCUGCCCCCUGGGCAACAUCAUCCCCAAGUGGAAUGACCUCGUCUACCGGCAAGACUGGAAGGAGGCCCUUGCGCAGCUGCUGCAGACAAACAACUUUCCAGAGUUCACUGGCCGCGUGUGCCCUGCUCCAUGCGAGGGUGCUUGCGUGCUUGGCAUCAAUGAGCCAGCAGUAACCAUCAAGAACAUUGAGUGUGCCAUCAUCGACCAUGCCUUUGAGCAGGGCUGGAUCCAUGCUGACCCACCAUCGCAGCGCACGGGCAAGAAAGUGGCCAUUGUGGGCAGCGGACCAGCUGGCCUGGCUGCAGCUGCUCAACUUAACAAGGCUGGCCAUCUCGUGACUGUCUUUGAGAGGAAUGACCGUGUGGGCGGCCUGCUUCAGUACGGCAUCCCCACUAUGAAACUGGGAAAAGAUGUUGUGAAGAGACGCGUUGACCUGAUGGCCGAGGAGGGCGUCACGUUCAAGACCUCAACAGAUGUGGGCAAGGACGUGCCCAGCGAUGACCUGCUCUCCCAGUUCGAUGCCCUGCUACUGACCACAGGGUCAACAUGGCCGCGCGAUCUGCCCAUUCCUGGCCGCCAUUUGGAGGGCAUCCACUUUGCCAUGAGCUUCCUGGAGACGUGGCAAAAGAAGCAGAUGGGCAACGACAUCGACCACAUGGCACUGUCGGCUCGCAACAAGGAUGUCAUUGUCAUCGGAGGAGGCGACACGGGUGUCGAUUGCAUCGCGACCUCACUGCGACAGGGUGCGCGGAGCAUUGUGACCUUUGAGAUCCUGCCUAAGCCCCCUCCGCAGCGUGGGGAGGGCAACCCAUGGCCCCAGUGGCCCCGCAUCAUGCGCGUGGACUACGGCCAUGAGGAGGUCCGCCUCAAGUACAAACAGGACCCUCGACACUACAGAAUCCUCAGCAAGGAAUUCCUGGACAAUGGCCAGGGCCAUGUGUCGGGCAUCCGGACAGUGCAGGUCGAGUGGAAGAAGGACGCCACGGGCCGCUGGAACAUGAAGGAGCUGCCAGACACCUCCAAAGUCUUCAAGGCUGACCUUGUGCUCCUGGCCAUGGGGUUCCUGGGUCCCGAGAAGUACCUCAUUGAUGAACUGAGUCUGGAGCAAGACCCACGGUGCAACAUCCGCACCACAGCCAACUCGUACCACACAUCGGUGCCACGAGUUUAUGCUGCUGGGGACUGUCGCCGAGGUCAAUCCCUUGUGGUGCAUGCCAUCAAUGAGGGCCGCCAAGCUGCUCGUCAGAUUGACCUUGACCUGGCUGGAAAAAGCCUGCUCGCGGGUCCGGGAGGCAUCAUUCCUUUCUCGUACGAGCUCGCUGUUGGCUCGUAAGCAGCCGCAUCCAGGGCCGCAGUAUUCACUCGGACUGUCAGUACGUUUUCGUUCCUACAGCUAACCCGCCUGGGUUAGCCGCCUAGGUAGUGUGUGCACCAGAGCAUUCUCGAAAUGCCCUUGACAGAGCCACGCUGUGUGUGAGGUCGGUGGAAAAGGCCGAGACUUGCCUCUCGUGCAAGCUUGCCACUCCUUGCUAAGCGAUGGCCUCCAUUGUAUCCUAAGCCGUCACUCCUACUGUUGUACGUUAUUAUUCAGUUCAUGACGGCAAUGCCACCGAAGUUUAUGUAGUGCUUGCGAGCUAAUCUCUGUAAGCUCUCUGUAAGGGGCUGCUCCAUUUAGAGGAUGCAGCGUUGGCUGAGGGAGGAGGCCUUGGAAUGGCUACAGCAGCUUUAGUCCCAGACGGAGCCUCAGUUGGAUGUUCAUGAUUAUGAAACGGCUCAACAAAAAGACACAAAUUAUGGUUGAUGAAGUAGGCACGAAGGAAAGUGUCGUGUCUUCUUCAUUGACUAGUGUCAUCUUCGUGGUCAGUGUUCUGUGUCUUUUGGUUGCAUCAUCUCAUAAUCAUGAACCCUUACACUUGCCCAGUUGUCGGUGCUCUGUCGGAGUACUGGGGUGACUGGUUCAGUGAAAGCAGUCUAGGCAUGGGCACGCAUCGCACUCGCGUCUCCUGCAGCAGUGCCUGGUUGGAACAUCUUGUGCCUAAACUACACAGGGUCACUGUAAUUACACGGUGACAAAAGAAGUCAAAUAGUUAAAAGGCAGAGGUUGCAAAAAUGAAGCACGAGAAAACAGAUGUCAGCUUAUCUUUAACAAGGCAGGAGGAGUAUUCAACACCAAGCGCAAGCUUUAGCUUGACGCAAAGCUUUAUGCAUUUGUUUGUUUCUUUUAAUUUCAGUUCAUUUCAUCAAUUCCACCAAGUCGAUUCUUCGGCAGGUGCUAAAGACAGCACAGUGACGCUUGAGCAAAUGGCAGAAGUUGAGAAAGAGCACAAGGGUAAUGCUGUCGCACAAUCCUGCUUGAGCUUAAUAAUGCAGGCAGAUAAAGCCACCAGUGCGGUUCUUGCGCCCAGAAGGUCUUGCACAUGCAGACUUAUACUGUUUCACAAUGUCUGGCAAGCUUAUUGUAAAAGGCAACAAAUUGUAGGGAUAAAAGAUGUGAGCUGCAGGUGGAAGCAGUUAUACAUGAAUUCUGGCGAAUGCUUUCUCUGUGACUAUAUUUAAAAAACAACUGCCAAAUGUAGGUGGAAAAAAAAAUGCUUGCUAGCUGGCCGUAUACAUGGUAAUAUUUUUAUGUCUAUACCAGGAGUUUUUCAGAUAUGUACUUAAAUUUACAAAAUAGUGAAGGCUAUGCAUUCAGUGCUUCUGGAAUAGUGUGUGUGUCACUUUUUGUGAGCUGCGUGUAUACAUUUCUAGACUUGCUUUCCUGUAGUGCUGUAGCUUUUAAUGUGGCAAUGCAACAGUCGGUAGCAGUUAUGUUGUAUUCGUUGUUGCUGUUGACCUUGUUUACCAUUGCCAUUUUCUUAACUUGUGUUUCUGUGCAAAUUUAGAAUACAUAAUAAAGAAGGAACGCUCAAGAA